AUGGACAACAUGGUAGAUGAUUUGAACAGUGCAUAUCUGGAGUUUGUCGCAGCAGCAGCCGGUGUACUUGAAGCCAAGGAGACUUCUGGUGGCCAGCAAACAGCAGCCACUGAUGCUGCUCUAGAAAAUUUUAAACAACGGUGGGAGUUGUUCAGAGUUGCUUGUGAUCAAGCUGAGGAGUUCGUGGAGUCCGUGAAGCAAAGAAUAGGGUCUGAGUGCCUGGUGGACGAGGCCACUGGCUCAGUUGCCGGGAAGCCAGGGCAGGCCGCUGCAACUGGUCUUCCUCCCAUCAGUGCAGUUCGAUUGGAGCAGAUGAGUAAGGCGGUCAGAUUUCUUGUGAUUGAACUGCAACAUGGUUCCGGAACUGCUGGUGGUUCAUCACAUCCCCAUCCUUCUCCCCCUUUUGAUGCCAGAUUCUCUGAAGAUGCAGCUCAAUAGGUGUAAGUUCAGUCCGUUACCUGUUUUGGAUUUUAUUUGGAAGUAAAAGCCAUUUUUUUCGAGUAUUACUCAACUCUACUCAUUGUCCCCACAUUUUUUUGUACAUUAUAGGAAAUAAUUAGCUGGAAAAUUGCUUAUCAUUAACAAAAUUAAAUAUAUUUAUAAUACUUAUAUUUAGCUUCUCUUGUCAAUGUUUUGUCUUUAGCAUCUUUGAUGUGCAUGACAUGGAAGUCUCCUAUGCAUUGUCAGCUAUUGAUAAUUGAUAAAAAUAUUGUCAAGUGCCAAACUUCUGUAAAAAGUAACAGCACCUACAUUGUUACUGCUAAUUCGAUGGUGCAACUUUGGUUGGAUUGGAACAUCCUCAAUGGUGUUGUCCUUGUUCGCCAUAGCUAAAACAGUUCAAGUAUAGGAUUGACUAUACCAUAUGCUGUCACUAAUCUGUUCAAUUAGGAAUCCUGUUAUUCUUGGGCUUAUAUUUGAUGAUUACUUGCUGCAGAUUUUAUAUAGAGAAGUAUUGGUUGCCUAUAUGAGCUACGGAAAUGAUGACUUUGAAAUUUCCGUUUUAUUGCUGCCUGUUAAUUGUCCUGAACUAGCAUGCAUAUUUAUUGAUUCAAAAUUGAAAGCGGCGGCCUUUUUCACCUUCUAAGUACUCUUUCUGUAGUUAUAGUAGUCCCUGUUAUAGGCCCUUCUCUUGUAGUAAUCAGAAAUUGUGGCAUUUGGGGGUUUUCCGUCUUAUGCUGUUUCUUCCUGGCGACUUCUCUUUUUAUGUUUUUGGCUGUUUUAUCAAAUAAUCUUACCCAAAAGUGAAGGUGUGAGAUAACCCCAAAACUCAGAAGGUGGAACGUUUUAUUUUCCUUUUGACUUUUGAUUUUUCCUUAUUUAUCUGAUGUUGAUGCAAGUUUUCAAGGCAAAGAGAAGGAAAGCAUAAUUUCUGUGAUUUUUUUCGCAGGUGAAUGCAUGGUGAAAAAUGUUGCAGGUCCGGUCCAUCUGUGCUUGAACAGUUUGAUCUACCAGAUUGUAAGAAGUGAUGUUAUGACUAGUUGAUGCCGGAUCCUAAUCAGAUAUGUAGCUUAAUGGGCUGUGGAAAGUAAUUAGAAGCCAUGUUUUUCUUGUGGUUGCUUCCAAAUGUGUCGAAAAUAUGUUGCUCUUGUUAUUCAUAAACUUUUACUUGCCUACUGACCAAGUACAACCACAAUCAUUUAGUUGAUUAGUAGAGCCAAGUGAGACCCAUCAAUCUAACAGUUUACAUGGGUUGGUAAGGAAAAAUUACUGAAAAAGUGGGUCAUUGUGGCAUUAUUGAUCUUGUUUUCUUUUCUUUUUUAUUUUUUUUACUUAAAUUGAUGAUAUCUAUGCCAUUGGUCUACAUGGACGGUAAGGCGGUUCAAUUAUGAUAUCUUCAUUACGAACUCAAGUCAUGGAAG